CGGAUAGCGGAAGUAGCCGCGGCUAGAUUCACCAGUUUAGGCGCUGCUAGCGAGAUGGCGUGUAGUGACACAAAAUCCAGUCUCGAUGAUUCGUGCAAUGAGUAUAUGUGGCAGUCCAGCUGUGCGGCAGCUAUGGAGAAGGAGCGGGAGUCCUACCUGAGCCCCACAGAGAACCCCUCCACCCUGAGUGUGUCAGCCAGCCUCCAGCCAGACCAGCAGGGCUAUGACGUCGAUUUUGACCCCCCACUGGAGAGCAAGUAUGAGUGUCCCAUCUGCUUGAUGGGCCUGAGGUCAGCUGUGCAGACACCAUGUGGCCAUCGAUUCUGCAAUAGCUGUAUUAAGAAAUCCAUCAGGGACACAGGGCAGAAAUGUCCAGUUGACAAUGAAGUGCUGACAGAGGAUCAGCUUUUCCCUGAUAACUUUGCCAAGAGGGAAAUUCUGUCUCUCACCGUACGCUGCCGCAAUGUUGGCUGUAAUGAGAAAAUGGAGCUCAGGCGCUUGGAGAAUCAUGUGCCCCACUGUAAGUUUGCCACAGUGCCUUGCCCUCAGUGCCAGGAAUCAGUGUGGAAGAGUGAGCUGGAAGAGCACAUCAACCAUCAAUGUUUACGACGCCUGGUCACUUGCCCUGACUGUGCAGCAAGCAUCAUGUUUGCUGAAAAACAGUUUCAUGAGCAGAUGUGUCCCUUUGCGAAUACAGUGUGUGAAUACUGUAACUUGGAGCUCAUUCGGGAUCAGUUGGCGUCCCACUGUGACACAGACUGUCUGAAAGCUCCCGUUGCCUGUACUUUCAGCAUGUUUGGCUGUCGAGAAAAGAUGAUGAGAAACGACCUGGCCCUUCACAUGCAAGAGUUCACACAGAUGCACAUGCGCUACAUGGCUGAAUUCCUUCGUAACCAGACAAUAAACGGCUUCAUCCCUUCAUCUUCUGCCCCGACGUCUUGUCCCACAGAUGAACAUAGUGCGUCUGCUAGGCCAGCGGAGCAGUGUCAGUGUAGCCAGGACCUGCUUCAGCUGCGUGAGACUGUCCUGCAGCUGGAGAGUCGGCUGGUUAUUCAGGACCAAAAACUGCGGGAGCUGAGCAUCCGAAACGAGACGCAGUCCACUCAGAUGACUGAGCUGCGCAAGAAGCUGGCCUUGCUGGAGGAAUCCACACGUGAACUGGAGGCCCAGCAGUAUCAAGGUGUCUACGUAUGGCGGCUGGAUGGGUUUUCACUCCAUCUUCGCAGCCAGGAAGCAGGCCACCCUGUGGUCCUCCAUAGCCCACCCUUCUACACCGGUCGACCAGGCUAUAAACUCUGCCUCCGACUGCACCUCCAAACCCCCAGUGCUCCCCGUUGUUCCAACUACAUCUCUCUAUUUGUGCACACCAUGCAGGGGGAGUUUGACAGCCAGCUAUCCUGGCCACUUCAGGGCACCAUCCGACUUGCUGUGCUGGACCAGACGGAGGGGCAGCACCAUGUGGAGGUGAUGGAAACCAAGCCCGAUCUCCAGGCCUUCCAGAGGCCCACGGUCCAGCGCAACCCCAAAGGCUUCGGCUACGUCACCUUCUUGCAACUGCAGGCCUUGCGUCAGAGGGGCUUCCUGAAAGACGAUGUGUUAUUGGUACGCUGUGAGGUCACGCCACGCUUUGACGCGAGCCUGAGGAGGGAGGGAGUGCAGCCCAGAGGCCCGGAGCCAUCACUUUGAGCCUUUUCAAGUCUCUCCUACUUCACUUCUACCCUACAAGUUCUCAUAGACACACCCUUUUAAUAAAAAUAUAUCAGUGGAGACUUUGAAGAAACAAAUUUUGUCUUCAGAUUAAUACAUGGAUCCUCAGAGGCCUUUGUUUGUUGUCUGUAUUUUGCAUAUAACAGGAACAUUAUUACAUUUCUAUGUGUAAUUCAGUGCACACUUGUCCAUACAUCAGUACUUUAGCUAUUCCAAUAAACAGCCAAUUUGACAAGUGAGCAUGAACUAGACAGUACUGAGCUUGGUCUGUUGAAGGCUCUAGUAUUUUUUUCUGGAAGCAAACAGUGUAGAGCUAUAAGUCAGUGUUUUUGGGCUUAAAACAGUCAUCAAGGUGUAAAACACCACAAAUAUCACAGUGCAUACCCAUACUUUGAAUGGAAAUGAAUACAACUAGAUUUUUUUUUUUAGUAAUUUUGGAGCAUUUCUAUUUCAGAAGCGCUCCCAGAUGAUGCUUGAAAAGGACCAUUUUUACCAGCAUCACAAGUUUUGCUGCUGUGAGUGCCAGUGAGAAAUCAUAGACUCGUUUCAACUUUUCUUUUUUGUGAGCCUCAUGUCUAAAAUCAGUUUCUCUUGAAGUAAAUGUCUUCAUGAAACAAGUUAAUGCUGCGCAAUGAAACAAAUACCUAUAGACACUGUUGCCCAUAAUGCACUCAGUAGAAUAAAUAAAAGUAAAAUGACAAAGUACAUCACACAUCAUAUGAACAUAACACAUCAUCACAUUACAUCAUAUAAACAGCUUGGUUAAGAUUAGUUCAGAUUAUGCUGCUUGACAGAUGACGAAAACUGUCCAUUUCUGCCUCGUGUAUUGUUCAGCAGAAUAACUCAAAACAGAGGCAUUUUUAAGACUAUUAUUUAAAAGUAUGCCAUGUAGCAUCAACAGCAGGCUCUUUGGCCUUCACAGGAUGAAAUAAGUGUUUGAAUCACAUAAAUCUCAUAUAUGUAUAUGAUCUAUAUAGUUAGAGCUGUCGUUGGAACAAAACUUCAUACAUCCAGCCCAUUGUAUUUUUUCAAAUUGUGUUUUUAAAAGUAUAAAAACAAAAAUGGACCUAUGAGGUUUUGUUCUGACAGCAGCAAAAAUGUUUAGUAUUCAGGCAAGGAACAGAACAAAGUCAAAGACACUGAGAAACUUUUCAUCAAGAAACCCACCAGGCAAACCAUGUUAAACCCCUCUCGUUGUAUUAACUUUUUUUUUAAAGUAAUUUUUUCAUUUUAUUUUAUGCCCAGGAUGUUGAACACAUGAGCUUCAAGAAUCAUUGCAUAGCUAUGUUAAGAUGGGCUUAUGAAGACUAAAUACGUGACCUAAUAUUCACACAUGGUACUGACUAAUUCUAUGUUUUGUGUUCAGAUACUUUGAUUUUUUUGGUGUAUAUAACCAAUGAACAUUUUAAUAUAUGAAAAAUAAAUUUUUACUAAAUUUAAAAUGUAUCAUGUUCAUAUUACUCUUUGAAGGGCAGGUUCUUUGUUUGGUUUUUGUUCAGAAUGUUUCAGGUUUAAAGGGGAGCCUGAUUGUUAAGACUUGCAUGCUUUAAAAUAGUGUGCAUGUCCAUUGCUAUUAAAAUGUGAUGUAUAAACCAAAUGGAAAUGUUUUGUUUGUUUUAAAAAAUGUGCAACAUAGGUCCUACGGAAAAUAAGACAAAAAUGUUUUUCUCUUGGUUAACUUGACUCUCUAGCCAAAGUUGGAAAGGCAGAAGGAUAUAUGUUUGAGUUAUUGUAGCUUUAUUAGAUAUUUAGCUUGAUGUUCUUCUUAAAGGAUGGGAGAGAGAGAGCAACUAUUGCCGCAACAAAAAUGGCACGUUGAGGGAUUUUGUCUAUUUUUAACAGUAUUUGCUUGGUUUAUACAACAUAUUGUAUGAAUAUUUGACAUGUGCACCAUACUGA